AUGAAGGUUAAAUUUGCGAAAUAUUGGGAGCCUAAACCAGUGCCUAAUGAGUCUAGCAUCCGGAGAAGGAAAGAGUACGAUUUUAACGUUGUAAUUGUCAUUGCCACUAUCUUAGAUCCAAGAAGAAAGUUUGAUUAUGUGGAAUUCUUUUAUGAGAAAGUAUGCAGCAAUUUCGAUCAAGCUGAAAAAUGUACGAAAUCAGCACAAGAUUGGCUGAAGAAGUACUUCAAUGAGUAUGAACGACUUGCAAGGAGUGAUGGCUCAGCAUUUGUGUCAAGUUCAAGUGGAAACACCUGUACUGUUGGUUCACCUGUGCUUGGGAAAAGGGUACUAGAAGAAGAAUUUGCUGAUUUCAAAUCUCGUCGUCGAGUUGUUCGUAGACCAAAAUCAGAGAUUGACACAUAUUUGGAAGAGGAUCCUGCCGAGGAUAGUAAAAGAUUUGAUGUGUUGGGUUGGUGGAAGGCUCGUGCUGAUCAGUUUCCUGUCUUAUCAAAGAUGGCUAGGGACUUUCUUGCUAUCCCACUCAGCACUGUAUCAUCUGAAUCGGCUUUUAGUUGUGGCAAUAGGAUUCUUGGGGACACAAGAGGCUCGCUAACGCCACAGAUGUUGGAGGCUUUAGUUAGUGCAAAAGAUUGGCUCACUAUAGUCCAAGAUAAAGAUAAGGAUAAGGACGGUGAAGGGAUCUUAAGUGAAGCUGUUGGGGUCGGUGCAGGGCAAAAUAUGCCAUAUUUUGUAAGCAUGCUACAUGUAACUGAAGAGAGUACUAUGAACCAGAUGGACUGAAGUGUGCAAC